AUGGUUCUUGGUGGCCUAUUCACAUGUGUUGCACAACAAGUCCAUGUUAACAUAGAAUUCACUGGAGACUAUAAAAUCACUCAUGUUCAUUCGAAAUAUAAAUAUGAACCUGAACAAUUGCCCUCGGCAAAACUCAAUGUUAAGUUACAUGAUUUGAAUGCCGAAGAAAAACGAAAUCUUGUUUUUCAAUUACAUGUAGCUAAAAUGGACAAUAAUGAACAAAAUGUAGACAUGACUAGUCAACAACUGAUGUCAUUGACUCAAUCUUCAAAAGAAAUGCAACUAUUUGAAAAUCAAAUCAUUGGUAAUGUGAUCGUUAUCUACAUCGAUUCUAAUACGGGUCGCACAAUAACGACAGAACCAAUUUCUUUCAAUUUAGUACGAGAUUUACAUCCUUCAGAUGAUCUUCUUCAUAUCAAUCAUGUGCUUGACAUUCAACGAAAUCGAGUAGAAACAACAUAUGCACUCGAACAAGCAAUGAUCGAGGAUGACUAUCGACAAUCACGUGCUAUUCUCAAAGCUCAAAUAGACAAGAUCAAGGCUAGUGUAUCUGUACAAGAUCUCUUCUGUCAAAAGUUAAUUAAAGAUCUUGAAUAUCAUUAUCCAACAGAACGUGACUAUCGAUCAUCACAACACAAUACUUAUAUGUCACAUACAACGGAACGAGCUGAUGGAGUUGGUAAUGCAAUACCUACUGGUCAAAGAGGUGAAAUUUGGACAAGAAGUUACACAACAAUGACUGAUUAUUUUAAUGAUCCAGAAAAAACAAGUGAAACAAUAACAUCAUCUAGUUGA